GCUCUUUUUCUUCUUUUCUGCAAGUCCUAGAAAUUGACCCAACUGAUUAAUUUUGGUAGGCCUAAUCAGAAGGCUAGAUUCCGCUCCAACGCACUGUUAUAGAAGCAUGGGAUUGUCAAACAAUGUGAAUGCGAAAUUAGACUUAAAAUCGGCUGGCACACCUAUUUCUGACUACGAGCUAAUAGGCCCGUUCUUCAUCCAAUAAAAAGAUGCGUUGUCAAACGCGCCAUUCUGCUCCUGGUUUAAUCCAUGCGAGCUUUAACAGACAGGCCUGAAUCAGAGCGAGUGCCGUGACUGAGAGGAUGCAAGUUUAGGAGGAGUUUAGAGAGUCUCCUGUUGCUCUUCUUCCUACGUCUUUUUUCUUUCCAAACGCUUUUCUCAUAUCCAGAGUAGGACUGUGCGCACGCUGACAAUCGCUGGGACCCGUGCAGAGACUUUGUUGUCCUGCUAAAGUUCGCCUGUUCUGACAAAGUAAACAGAUUCUGGGAAAUGAGCCAAACUAACCGGCAGUUAUCUUGUAGCGCAUUGUGGCCAAGAGGAGAAAAAAUAAAGGCAGACUGCGGAGUGCGCGCUCCCAGCAUGGCGCUGAAAACUGAAGAAAGUCGACUGUAUCUGAGCUCAAAGUCGAGGGGAAGCAGGUUCAGAGAGAGGGAGAAUACCGACACGGAUGGAUACGGAGCCAGGCAUGUCUCUGUGCGAACCUGUGACAUGGAAAAGCAGUGGUACCCGUCCCAAGCAGCUGCUGCGCCCCAAGACGACCUCCUGAAGCCGGAGUGUUCCUUUUCUGCCUGCGCCACUAUCUCAGAAACCGCCCGGGAGCUGUGCAACGCCGUGUCCGUGUCUCUGGGUCUCACCAUGGAGUCCAGUGGAGAUACCAGCGACGCAGAGCCUUCUCUGCUCCCGUGUACAGCUAGCGAACAGCGGAGCUCGGACUAUUUAUUCAACGGGCAGCAUGCUGUGGCUGACUACAGGUGUCAGGGUAAGCCAGUGAGCUACAAAACUUCUGAAAACACAGCUCAAAUGCACCACCUCGAUUCUUCACGGAUCCCGAGCAGCGAGUCAAACUUCUCCGUCUGUGAAUCUGGCAAUGACUUAACUUCUAAAGACACUCUGGAGAGUACGCUCGCCAUCCCGUGUCCAUAUGCGCCCAUCAUGCCCGAUAACUUCGGGCACAGAGCAAUAGAAAGAUCAUGCAGAGGUUACAAGUUCCCAGGCGAUGCCAGCAGCCGGGGCGGGUACCAGGCGGAGGACUAUGUCAGAGUCAAGUCUGAGGACAUGUGGGUCGGAUCCUACAGCUACAGCGACAAGACUCUGUGGACACCACGGCAGCGCACCGUGAGCACGCCGCACUCUGCAGCUGCAAACCCGGCUUUCCUUUGCAGCCCAGAGCAGUGGUACUCUGCUGGCGGAGUGUUCAGGACCACCUACCCCAGCUCCAGCUACAUGAAGCCCGAGGUGGGAGAGUGGCUGGACGUGGCAUACAACGAGACCAGGUUUGAAGGGAGCAGAGAGCAUAUGUUCCCCAUGGAGUUCUUCUUUCCCCCUCAGAGGACCUGCCUGAUCUGCUCCGAUGAGGCGUCUGGCUGCCACUAUGGGGCGCUCACCUGCGGGAGCUGCAAGGUUUUCUUCAAGAGGGCAGCAGAAGGCAAACAGAAGUACCUGUGUGCCAGUAAAAACGACUGUACGAUCGACAAACUCAGGAGGAAGAACUGUCCCUCAUGUCGCCUGAAGAAGUGUUUCGAGGCCGGGAUGACACUGGGAGCUCGUAAACUGAAGAAGAUUGGGCAGCAGAAGAGCACAGAGGAGGAGGGUUCAGGCCAGGACACAGCUGAAAACCUACCCAACAUCUCGCCCAAGUCUGACCUGAGCUUCAGUUCUCAGAUGGUCUUCGUGAACAUCCUGGAGUCCAUCGAACCGGAGGUGGUGAACGCUGGGCAUGAUUGUGGACAGCCUGACUCGGCAGCGUCGCUCUUGACUAGCCUGAACGAGCUCGGAGAGAGGCAGCUGGUCAAAGUAGUGAAGUGGGCCAAAGGGCUGCCAGGCUUCAGAAACCUGCACGUAGAUGACCAGAUGACUGUGAUCCAACAGUCGUGGAUGGGGGUCAUGGUAUUUGCUUUGGGCUGGAGGUCCUACAAGAACGCUAAUGGCCGGAUGCUUUACUUCGCUCCAGAUCUGAUUUUCAAUGAACACCGGAUGCACAUCUCCAGUAUGUACGAGCAUUGUAUCCGCAUGAGGCACAUGUCCCAGGAGUUUGUGCUGCUGCAGAUCACUCAGGAGGAAUUUCUGUGCAUGAAGGCCCUGCUCCUCUUCAGCAUCAUUCCUGUGGAGGGCUUGAAGAGUCAGAAAUACUUUGAUGAGCUGCGUCUCACCUACAUCAACGAACUUGACCGAGUCAUUAACUAUCAAAUGUCCAACAACUGUUCUCAGCGCUUCUACCAGCUCACACGCCUCCUCGACUCCCUGCAGAUGACGGUGAAGAAGCUGCACCAGUUCACCUUUGACCUUUUCGUUCAGGCGCAGUCGCUACCCACAAAGGUCAGCUUCCCGGAGAUGAUCGGAGAGAUCAUCUCCGUACAUGUACCAAAGAUCUUGGCAGGUUUGGCCAAGCCGAUCUUAUUUCAUGAGUAGAGGAACUCUGUUAUCAUCUGAAGUGACUCAUCCUUCGUAAACUUUAAUGACGGCUUUGUACUGUUUGCUACAUCUUCAAUCUAAUCGCUCUGAGUGUUGUUUUGCAAUUAUUCCAGUGCUCUUUUCCAUUUGGCCAUAAUUGAGAUGGUUUGUUUAAGCUUUUAUCUGAAGUGCUGCGAGGCCUCACCUGCUCCCACUGAAGUUGGAGACACACUUCACUGUACACAGUAACCUGCCCACUGUCAGCAAGGUUAAACACAUGGCUGCCAUUUAAAACACAUUUGUCAAAUCACAUCAUCUUUUAAAUAAUAAGGACAGGCCAGGACAGUUCAGACACAGAUCUACAGUAUAUGUUUGAUAUAACUGCUGCCUUCUGGUGCUCUUUUUAGGCGACAUUUAACAACAAUGCAAAAACAUUUAACAACAAUAUGUGAUUGUUAUGAGUCCUCCUUAUAUCCACGCUUGGGCUGGAGAAGCAAACAACUGCUUCUCUCUGGGUUUGAGUUCUCAUUUAACUCUCAUAUAUUAUACAUUCUGACCUGUAAAUAACUUUAUUAUCAGUGGUGGAUCUUAUAAAACCUUUUUAGAUUCAUUUGUAUUGUACAUAUAGUUGAUGUCCGGUUACUUUUAUUUAGGAUAUAAGCUGUGCAUAGGCUUCUUGUCAUAUUUACUCUUAUUCAUCUUGAAAUCACUAUUAAAUGUUGGGACUUGAACAAUCAAAACAUUAACCACAGAGGAGGCAGCAUUUACAGUUUAUUAAACGUUAUCAAUAAAGUUUUUCAAGAUGCAACAUGUGUCAAAAGGAAGUGGGUGGAGCCUUGUAGCAGCCAUACAACUAAAACCUCACAUUGUAUCUUCUGACUUGGUUUAUUCUGUUAUAUUCAGUGUAAUUGUCUGGUAUUCAUGCUAAGCCAUGUAUGAUUGUAAUCAGGAUUUCAAAUAUGACUAGAUCAAGUGCUUCGUCUUCAACACGAUUUGCCUUUAAAGUUCUCCCUGUUGGACUGAGCCAGAGACACAUGCUUACUGAUCCAAACAACACACACAUUGCACUGGCAUACAUGAAGAAUUAUUGUAGUUUACACAAAUUGAGCGUAACAUUAUAACCACUGGCUUCUAUGUUGAAUCUAUUCUCUAAUUGUAUUUAUGGCAAGAUAUUGUCCAAUGUUCACCUAAAGAUGUCUCAUUAUUUAAUUUUAUCUACUUGGAUCAAUAGAUUUAUAGGGGAUAUUGUAACUUCAGAUGCAAUGAUAUUUAAAUAUGUAUUUUACACCCUUCAAAGAUGGACUUGUGUACAACAAUAUAUUCAGUUUUGUACUUACCAAAAUUUUAAAAGAUCAUGCAGAAGGAUUUGUUGACAUCUAAUUUCAUUAAUUUGUAACAUUUUUUACUCUAAUCCUAAAUCAUCCUCUGUAGUUUUUGUCAACAAAAUGAAGCAAGAAAUUAAAAUUUGAUUUGAAUAAAUCUAUUCAUUCAUAUUGCAUUUAUUUUCCAAAUAAAAUUAAUUGUUUCUAUAUAAUAACAUACCAUGAUAAUAAUUUUUUUUCUCUUAUAUUUAUGUAAACAAACUUUAGAAGACGUUAAUAUUGUUAUCUCUCAUCACCUGCAGUUUUUUGCCUUAAUUCAACACAGACUCUACUGCAGCCACCACAAAUAAUAGGCUAGGGGCCAUAAUGUUAUGCUUCGUAAAGUUAAGCUCACUCUAGGUAUAAUUUAGGUGCUCAGUUAGUUAAAGCAACAAAAUAUAAGACAACUCAAAUUAACAUAUUUAGUAUUUGUACAUUCUCUUAUAGUGCUUUCUGGUGAUUUAGAUGUAACACUUUUAGACCAGGGGUGAGCAUUUUCUUGGUCCGGUGCCUUGAAUUAUAUAUUUCAUGUGUUUUUGCAUUUGUCGUUCUGGUGAUUCAACCUGAGAAAUUCAAAGCUGUUUAGACAAAAGAUGAAUUGAUGAUGGCUAUACUGUGCUAAUCGCACAGUAUAGCCAAGCGGUGUUGAUGGAGUCAUGGCUUUGGGAGGGAAAAAUAGAGAGAGGUGCUUUGAGAAGGGAUGCAGUGCGCUUUGGCUGCCAAGGGACUUAGAUUAGGGCAGCCCCUCUGUGCCAACGGGACCCAUCCUGCCAACUCUAGGACUGGAACAACUUCAGUGUAAAACAUUUUGAGUGAAGCAGCCAAAAGUGAAGAAAUCUGAGGAAUGCUUCACAGAUACCAACAAAAAUGGACAAAUCUUUUGGGUUUCAUUUAAAAUUGUAAUAUUUUAUUUAAUCAGGAAAACUUGAGGCAUGUGCAUACAAACUUGGACAACCACGGGACUGUCUUUUGUACAUUAGCAAAAAAUAAGAACAACAAAAAUCUGCAGCUUGUUUAGUAUCAUACUUGGAUGUGUCUAUCUCCUCGUGACAAAGCCAAGCUAGUGUUAGUAGUUAGUAGUUGCAUGCAUUGUGCUUGUUUUAACUCUGUGUGUACUGAUAACUGCAUGGACACCAUUUUACUCUUUAUACAGGACAGGAGUAUUGUCAUUUGUUUGAGGCAGAUGUUUUGUGGGAGACUGUUAUGGUCAGUGAUUCUCAAACUGUGGUCUAUGUACAGCUGGUCUUAAGCAACAGUGUGAACUGCUCUGGCCAAUACUUAACUAUUAUUAAGAUUUGUCCUUUCAUACCAGAUUCAUCUGUAUUCAGAUCAACUCAAAGUUAUGUUUAGUGUUUUAGUAUUGUAAUGUUUUCAUAGGGGUUUGUGCAUUCACCGUUCAGUGCUUUUUGGACCUGUACUUGUUGUAACAAAAAGUAAAAAAUGUGAGAUGUAAACAAAAGUAUGAGAACCACUGAUCCAACAGAUGCUUCUUGUAUCACUGUAAAAUCAGACUGAAAUCAUUAUCCAUGAACAUACCGAAAAAAUGUUAAAUCAAUCAACAGAUGCAAUGUUUAAUGUGAAAUCCAUUGUACAAAUCUCGAAUGCCUUUGCCUUUUUGCAUUCCCUAAUUGCACUAGAAAUGGCUGUUCAACUUUUAAAUGAAUGCUUUUUGAUGCUGUUGUAUUUUUAUGCAUUGCACUGGGACACCAUUUGGACAACAUGUCCAGCUGCCCUUUUGUGCCUGGUGAACUGCAUAUCAGCUGCCGUAUAGCUGUAUAUAUUGAUCAGUGUCUAUUUUGAUGUCCAAACUUGACUUUCAAAGACAUUUCUUGUAUGAUUUCUAUCUUUGUGACUUGUGUCUUUUACAAUGUUUUUUAAGGUGUAAAAGCUGCAUCAUCUUUUAAACACAAUAAAGGUGAACUUCUUUAAUCUGAGUUUUACUGAGGGACUCUAUGAGUGAAUAUCAGCUCUGUGGUCAUAAUAAAGGAAUUUCUUGUGAUCCUGUAA